AUUGUUGUGGUGGGGGGGGGAGGAGGAGGAGGUCUCGGGUUUGUUUAUGGAUCCGUUUCACCCGCGAGAGAGGCGGUGACUCGUUGUUUUCAGUCCUUUAGCUUUGCGGAGGAGGGGGAAGGCCUCGGGGGCUCCGGACUCCGGGCUCAGGCUGAGGCGGCAAUGGAUGACAGUAAGGUGGUGGGAGGGAAAGUGAAAAAACCUGGAAAAAGAGGGCGUAAACCUGCCAAAAUUGAUUUAAAAGCAAAACUUGAGCGAAGUCGACAGAGUGCAAGAGAAUGCAGAGCAAGAAAGAAGUUGCGAUAUCAGUACCUGGAAGAGCUUGUAUCCAGUAGAGAGAGAGCAAUUUGUGCACUGAGAGAAGAGCUGGAAAUGUACAAACAAUGGUGCACAGCAAUGGACCAGGGCAAGAUACCAUCAGAAAUAAAGGCACUUCUAACCGGUGAUGAACAAAACAAGGCCCAGCAAACUACAAACAAGCCAGGAAAAAUAGUGAAAACUGAAGCAAGCAACAACCUGGAAAAAAAAACUAAUCCCCAGUAACUGACAUAUUGCAGAAGAAGAUUGAGGCAAUACAUAUGCAUUGUCCUUGGUGAUGUACAUUUUAUGUAAUAUUCAAGAAUGACCAGUGAAAGAAGAUGAAGCUACUAUCAAAAAUAGUCUGUAUAUUCACCUCUUUGGUGGCAAAAUAACAAUACACAAUAGUAACUGCUUUGUAUUUUAUGAUUUCAAUCUAUAUAGUCAUCUGACUACUCUGUAUAUCUGUAAAUUGAAAAACUGAAUAGCCUCUGCCUAGGCACUUUAUUUACAUUUGUCUUUACAUUUUUAAAUUUUUGUGUUUAAAUUAAAAAUAGUGUGGU